AUGGGAACAAAAAGAAAUGUUCAAGCUGAUUGUUCAAAUAUGGGAACAAAAAGAAAUGUUCUGGCUGAUUGUUCAAAUAGAAAAAAACAGCUUCCACAGCUAGGAUCCCAAGUGCAACAAGUGCCACUAGAUUCUAUAUCUUCUGCAAUACAAGAACAAGUCCAGCAAAUGUCACAAGAUUCUACCACUCAAGAGGAAAACGAACAAUCUGAGGAAGGAGCUCCUUCCACUGAAAAAAGAAAAAGAGCCAGAACACAAAUGCUCAGUGUACAUGGACGGACUGAGUGUAAACUAAUAGUGCUAAAUAAGUACAACCAACCUGUUGGUCCUACUCCAGCAGUCGUAGCAGUGCUAGGCAGCUUUCUUGGCACAUUGGCAAGGAAGUCGACCUUUUGUCCUGUUAAUGUGUUAGAUUGGAGGAAAUUGAAAACUCAUAAAGAUAUGUGGAGCUAUACCAAGGAAAAAUAUGACAUUCCUGGUACUACAACUAAAUGGGAUUUCAAAGCAAUAUCAAAUGUUUGGAGAAGGUAUGAGACUUGGUCGAAGCAACGAUACUAUUUACCCUAUGCCACUGAUGAACUUCGAAUGGCAAAAAGGCCUGCAAAUAUUCCACAAUCUCAUUUUAAGUAUCUUAUUGAAUACUGGAACUCCUACAAAGCUAAGGAAAAAGAGAAGGAAAGUUCUGAUGCUGUAACAAAUAAGGAUAUCUUUGUGACUACAAGAAAGAGGAAACCUGGGCGAGCUGAAAUGGACAGAAUAGAAACUCAAGAAAGCGAAGAUGGCAGUCAAUCAGUUGAUGCAUUUGCAUCAGUCAUGGGAUCUGAGCAUCCAGGAUGCGUAAGAUUGUAUGGGCGUGGGGUUACCAAAACAGUCUUGAAAGAAAAAGUGGGAAAUUCUGGACCCUCUUUAAAUAUUACUGAUGAAAUGAUGCAACAAAAAAUGGAGGCUGUCUCUUCUGUUGAAAAAUCCAUUGAUUCCUUUCCCUCCAUAUGCUAUACACAGCAGCAGCUAGGAUCAUACGAUACACUUCAGCUUGAGGGCUUUUACCCCUUGCAUUCUGCUCUGCCCAGCUAA